AUGUCCUACCCCCCCAGCAGCCUCACCUCUGAACCUUCCAGCGCUUUAGGCGAGAGUGGCCACACCUGCUUCUCCGCCCGCCACCUAAAGCCCGUGCGCACCCUCGCGCCCCCUUCCCCAUCCUCCGCCACCGGCCGAGCUAUCAUUAUGAGAUCGUACAAAGGCGGAAGUAAGCCCGCUACUUGGGAGCUGGUGAGCAAGAUCCAUUUUAAUGAUGGGUCUUGUACGAUCAAAGAUCAUGCCUGUAUGGUGGAGUCUGUUCGGCGUGGGUUUGAUAUUACGGAGGAUCCUGAUUUGGAUGACUUUGUCGUCGGCAAAGUGUCUAGACGCAAUCUCACUUCGAUGGGCUUGUGGCCUGAGUAUAAGGACGUCUAUAGGACGGCUAACGGGGUCGAGCUGGGCGUGUUUGAUGAUUCGGGGGAGUUUGUGAAUGUGUUUGAGGAGGACCCGGUGUUUGAGGUGGAAGAGAGUAUGACGGGGGAGACGUUUGAUGCGGCGUAUGUCGAGUUUGUGCAGCAGACAAAGUGGAAGGCGGACGUGGCAAAGACGUAUUUGGAGAGGAGGGUGGAGACAGAUGCGGGGAUCAUUUCCAUACAGGAGGAAGAGUAG